CAGGUGCAGUUUUGUGAAGGCAUGUGUAAUUUUGGUUCAGCUGAGUUUGAUUUAACGAAAUUAGCUGAAUUUGAUGGCAGUUCGCCUGUGUUGAUGUGAUGAGAUUGGCUAUUGCUCAAUUAUGCAGAGAAUCAAGAUAUCUGAAGACUGAUUACCACGAUGUGUUCAUCUUGAGAAUAAAACCAUUAACAUGAAUGAUUAAAGAAAGAUGCCGAUACACGACCAAAUGAGCAUCUAUAGGAACGAUGACAGGUAGCAUGUAGAAGAAGAAGAGAGAUCAAGAGGUGUAAAGCAGGCUUCUUUUUUAGGAUAUUUAGAGAGGUUUGGUGAUCAGGAGGGAUACCCCAGAAAUGGCAAGUUCCACCAUGCACCCUCCCAAACAAGUGAAUCUAGUGACGAUGUCCCUCGAUUGCAUCAUGGAAUCUAACAUGAACCCCAUUAUAGGGCCAUCGAGUUCCUACACAAUUACUUAAUUCCUCCUUGCCUUAAUCAGCUCCCACCCAAAGGCACCCUCUACUACCCCAGCAAUAGAAUUACUGAUACAAGUUCAGAUUACAAUUCUGUUUGACCGUAGUGCCGUAAGCCUGCAACUACCACUACCUAUGUGGCUAAUAAUCUAACAAAAUUCUGGAGGACUUAACCUGUGGGAGUUCUUGUGCCAAAGCAAGUCUCUUCUGCACUGCAAAUAGCGCAAAUGUUUCCUUCUCUGCCGAGUCUUAACUUUCUGCCUAAUCAGUAGUCACAGUGGAUGCAGUGCAGUAAUUAACCAUCUUUGCUCGGUGGUUUUGUAGCAUAAUUUACUUGGAGAUUGCUUAAUACCAGGCCUUUCCAUCACAGACUAGCUGUUUCAAUCACUUGUUUUACCUGAAAUUAUUGGGCUGACAAUGUGUCGAUCUGUCGGAGCAACCAAGUGUUUCAGACUGAAAUGCACCCUUAAAAGCCCAUGCCUCUUUUACACCUGAAAGUUACCCUCUUUGUGACUUUGUCCUCUGUCAGAAUCAUGUGCAAACUUUCCUGGCUCUCUCCCCUGGUUAGGUGAUGAUGUGUGUGUGUAUGUAAGUGUCCAACUAGUUUACGGAAAGAAUAAUUAGUAGUGCAUCCUAACUUCCUAAGCAUGAGGCCCAGGUGAUAAUAUUAGAUACUGGAGGCUCUUUAUACUUUGGCUAGCUACUCCUUUUCAAGGGAAGACAGCCAGCUCUUUAUAUAACGCUGCAUCGCUUCAUCUGCCCAACUUGGUGCCUUCUGGAGCUCAGCUACAGCACACCAGUGGAGGAGUUCCCUGUGUUCAGUGAUUCUCCCUCGAGUUCUUGGCUGUAUAUCUGCCGAUUAGGAGGCCAUCAUCCUCUGUCGAAGAAAAGCCCACCGCAGCAAGAUAUGAGGUGAUCAGUUCAAGUAGUCGUAUGAUAUAAUGGAGCUCUACCCUGGAUAUCUCGAAGACCAUUUCAACAUCCAUAAGCUCAGCAGCGUCACCGGCGGCGUCUCCCCGCCGGAGUACAUGACCACGGCGUCCACGCAGUACGCGCCGGCGCCCCUCAGGAUGGGCAUGUACGACCGCCACCACCAGCAGCAGCCGCCCCCGCCCCCGCAGCAGCAGCAGCCGGUGGCCGGCAUGUGGAGCACCGACCCUUUCAAGGUCGACAGCGGCGGCCAGGCCACCAGCGGCUCCACCAUCAUGGAGGGGGACACCAAGUUCGACCACACGGGGCUGGAAGAUGUUCCACACAUGGACGAGCUGGAGGAAGCAGAGGACGCCGAUCAGGAGGCGAGCAAGCCGCGAGACAAGGCCCAGAGAAGACUUGCACAGAACAGAGAGGCUGCCCGGAAAAGUCGACUCAGAAAAAAGGCUUACAUCCAGCAGCUAGAGACGAGCCGGAUAAAGCUGGCCCAGCUAGAGCAAGAACUCCAACGCGCCAGACAGCAGCAGGGCGUAUUCGGCGGUCCGAACCCGGGCGGCCUGCACGGCGACCCGUCCCUCGGCGGGUUCGCGGGGGCGCCCAUGGACCCCGGCGUGGCGGCGUUCGAGCUCCAGUACGGGCACUGGGUGGACGAGCAGGAGCGGCACACGACGGAGCUGCGUGGCGCGCUCCAGACGCAGGCCACGUCCGAGCUGGAGCUCCGGAUGCUGGUGGAGACCGGGCUCGCCAACUACGACCACCUCUUCCGGAUCAAGAGCGCCGCCGCCUGCGCCGACGUCUUCUGCGUCAUGUCCGGCCUCUGGCGCUCCCCCGCCGAGCGCUUCUUCCUCUGGAUCGGCGGAUUCCGGCCCUCCGAAGUCCUCAACAUUCUGAGCCCGCAGCUGGAGCCGCUGUCGGACCAGCAGGUGGUGGCGGUGUACAGCCUGCGGCAGUCGUCGGCGCAGGCGGAGGACGCGCUGUCGCAGGGCAUGGAGAAGCUGCAGCAGACGCUGUCGGAGUCCCUGCUGGCCACCGCCGACCCCUUCGCCAUCCCCGACGCCUAUAACAUGGGCACCAGCAGCGCGGUGGUGAAGCUCAAGGGCCUCGUCGGCUUCGUGCAGCAGGCGGACCAUCUCCGGCAGGAGACGCUGCAGAAUAUGCACAAGAUCCUCACGACGCGGCAGGCGGCGAGGGGCCUCCUCGCGCUCGGGGACUACUUCCAGCGCCUCCGCGCGCUCAGCUCGCUCUGGGCGGCGCGCCCGCGCGAGUCGGCCAUAAGCUAAAAACGUAGUAAUGGUGGAAUUCAAGUGCUGCAGAAGCUAGUAGUAAUCCGUCAGCUGUGUAGUUCAGAGGCGAUGAUGAUGAUGAUGAUGAUGGGCAGUGAGUGAAGGAUGAAGAAAUCCAUCUCGCUGGGUUUCGGCAGAAGAAUUGGUGACGUUCAGAUGAAACGAGCAUCCUCUUCGGGUGGGCGGUAGAGAAGAUUAUGUACAUAUGUUUUUGGUGUGAUGAUGAUGAUGACCAUGAUGGUAAAGUAGUGAUGAAAUUGCAAAUGAGAAGGAGACAGACUAAUAGUGAUAUAAGUAUAUGAUGUAAUUAUAUGCAUGUAACUAGUAGUGUUAAUAUGUUCCUCUUGCUUA